AUGGCCUCUCUCACCGAUUUGCCUGUGGAGGCUCUCGUCAUCAUCUUCAAUUUUUUCCAACCUCGACGGGAGCCAUAUGAAAUUCACAUGCACAAACCUAGCCUGAACACGCGCGAUCUUAGCAUAAGGCGUGAACUUCAGAAGCAGGACAACCAUCUCAUGAAUCUGUGCAGCACUCGCCUCGUCGCUCAACCGAUCGCCUACCAGUCAAUUUCUAAGUAUAAUUACAUCAACUGGGGGUUAUCUCUCUCGGCGUUCCUCCAUCGGUUUGGGAGCUUGACCAAAACUCUGUCCGAGAGACCAGAUCUUGCGGCCAACGUCAAGUUUCUGGACAUCCAUAUGCUUGACAGAUUCGAAGACGACAAGCGCAUGCCAAGAAACGCCACAGACGAACAGAAGCUCGCGGUUUCAAGGCUCUCCUCCAGAGUUGGCCUUGAAAUCAACAUCACGGAGGACUGGCAUGACUGGGAUAUUGCCGAGGCAUACUUCCAGAUUCUCAUGGUCCUGCUUCCAAACCUAUCUCAUACAAACAUCUGUCUACCCGGAAGUUGGAAACUUGAGUCGCUCUCCACUUGGGCCGCCAGGCCCGGCUCAGGCGUUGGUCUUGCGCGUCCGUUCCUGGCAAAUGUGCGGCACAUGGAGCUGGACCACAUGGUUGCUGACUUGAACUCCCGUUACGAGCGCUCUGAUUAUGAAACACUGAACGACGAUGAGAUCGAGCACAUUUCGAGCUCAGUAGAGAGGCUGUUUGUCGAUGCUGCACCCAAUCUUGAGCUUCUUUGCUGCAGUGCAGGAGGGUUAGACAGCCUUCCGCGCCUGCAAAAGCUUGACACAUUGCAGAUCAUGAUGAAGAGCUCAUGGGAUGGAAUGCUCCCGAAGGUCAUGAAGGGAUUCCCCAGCCUGAGACGCCUCAGUUAUAAAUCAACCACAGACUACUGCCCAUCGCCCAAGCAGUCAGAACAAACCCCACAAUCGCCCUCGCCAGCAAAUGUCUCCGAGAUAUCAAUAACGGCUGCCUCAGAUGCAGGAACGGAGAUUUCUCAGACCUGCACGAGCGAUCUGAGCAGUGAUGAAGCACUGGCGUCCGAACGGGGCCAGGAAGAAGAUGGAUUCGAGAUCCAUCAGUGCCUGCUGAACCUGGGCCAACCACGAGCAGACAUAGUAUCGGAGAGUCAAGCUGCAUUUGCCCCUAUUGUUACCGCAACUCAACCGGCCGCAUGCGGUUGUGCAUGCCUCUCUGUUCUUUAUCUUCUCCUCGAGCACCUUCGAGUCGAAGACCAGCUGACGGCCCCGAACGACUUUGCCCUCCUGAGAAGUACUAUCGAGUCGGCAUCUGAGGUCCUUACGUGUCAGAAGUGUCCUUUGCGAUACUUCUCUAUCGUCCAGAAUGCGGCAUUACUCGGAGUGCUGUGUCUCUGCGUCGCAGAAUCGUAUCAUAGAAUUGUGAGGUCGAUCGACGAGGAGGAGAAGCGAGCCUCAGAAGCAGGCGAGAAGAAGCAACUUGGCAUACACAAUGGUGCCGAUCAGGCUAACCAGCCUUCCGUGGCUACCGCCUCCCCGCUCUUCCAGGUAGAAGUGUCGCCGAGUCAAUGGGGAAGCAUGAUGCGAAAUCUAGUAAAAGCAGAGGUCUUUGGUAUCGAGGGGCAGCGGGACAAAUGUCUGCAAGGCUUCAUCUCACGGCUUGAGCAGCGACAGCGGCGAUGGCAUCAGACGCCACCUGCUCCAGAUUGCCCACCCAGCUAUCGCUCGCUCUGUGGUUCGUCAGACCGCGAGCCGACCUGCCUCAAGCUCAUUGAUAACUCGAAGCGACUCAUUGGCCUGCUCGAGGUGUAA